GCCCUUUCCAAUCUAACUCUGAAUGAAUCCGAAUGAGAGAAAUGUCGUAUCACAUUAUUUCCCUGUGUGAUUAAAGCUUAACUAUGGAAGAUACCUGCUAUUGUAAUGGAGUUUAUUAUAAAGGAUAGAUACUAAAAUGAAGUACAAUGGAAUUUUUACAAAUUUGAUCGAGCAAACGGAUGGAUUUAUGAAAUGAAGACGAGCUGUCAAGCGAAGUAACAUCGGUUGGACUCGAUUACUUUUUCUGGCGGGGGCUGGAAAGAUUUUCAUUACUGUGAAAAAUGUCCGCGACACGACGCCCGUCUCUACCGCCAAUGCCUGACCUUUCGCAUCUUAAAGAAGAGGAAAGAAAGAUCAUUGAAGAUGUGUUAAAGCGUCAACGGGAUGAAGAAGAAAGGGAACAAGAAAUGAUCCGGCAAAUGCAGAUGGAGUUUGACACGUACAGACAGACGGUCGAGAAGGUUGGCGAGGAAGCUAAACGAUCGGAUAAUGCGGACACGGGUGCCGUAUGUGAUAUAUGCCGUAAAACCAAGUUUGCCGAUGGUGUCGGACAUAAAUGUACAUAUUGCAACUUAAAGUCAUGUGCCAGAUGUGGAGGCAGGGUUACUGUUAAAAAUAAGCCUCCAGGUUCGAAAAUCGUGGUAGAUACAUCUCCCUCAAUUACUACAUGGGCAUGCAAUUUGUGUAAGAAGAAACAAGAGAUCCUGGCAAAGACGGGACAAUGGUAUCAUGGAGGAAUGGCGAGGCCCGUUGGCCUGGACGUUGUCGACGCUGCUGGAGGAAGUGGAGGGGAUUCUGGGAAAUCGGAAACCAGUCAACAGAACGAUAAACGCCAAAAAUAUAUUGACAAAAAUGAAAGCGGACAUACUAGUUCUGAAAAAGAGAAUAUUGAAAAAUCGGAGAAAGGUGAGAGAGAAAAUAAAGGGCCAAUGACUCGACAGAGCUCUCAGCUAAAGAGACAAUACUCACUAGAUGCUCAAAGGGGGAAAAUAGGGGAAAAUGGGACCUCAGGAAAAGAUUCUGGGGAUCGGUCAGGGGGUUACGAUAGAUUACGAGAAAGGGGAAAUAAUGUUCCGCCUGAAAGAGGUCGUGCGCGAGAUAAAUCUCCGGCACGACAUAGAUACCAUAGCGAAACCAGACUUUCUGAUACUGAUAAAAGAUAUUUUGCUCAUGAACGUGGUGGGGAUAUGGAUAGACAUGGUGGGCGGGGUCAACGUGAAGCUUUAGGGAACAGAGUGGGUGAUAAUAGAGACAAUAGAGAAAGAGAAAGAGAUAUGCGUGAAAAAGGGCGCCAUUCCGAUGAUAGGGAUCCAAGAAGAAUACAAAAAGAGGGGCCGGAUAGACUUCACCCUGAAAGAGAAAUUAUCAAAAAGGAAUCUGCAUCAAGAACUAGAUCUACGAGAGAUACCCCUAGUCCUAGACAUUCAAUAGAUGAAAAAUCAUCUGCUGGUGACGAACGUGAACGACGGAAAGAACCUCCGGAUCGUUAUAGACAAUCGCCUAUAGAUAAUUUUAAUAAUAGGUCGCAUGAUAGACCUCAUGACUAUGCAGAUAAUAAACGUGAACGUCGAGGCUCACGAGAACGUGUUAUUGACGAUCAUAAAAUGGGGAAAAGUAGUCAUAUGUCCGAUCGUGGUAGUCACGAUCAAAUUCAUCAGUCCCAAAAUAAAUUACACAAAAGUUCGUUAGAAAAUGUGUCGCGAUCUGGUUCACGAAGAGAUCGUCGUUCACCUACAAUGCAAGAACGGCAAUUCAAAUCCCCACCUCAACAUCGGCAUUUAAUACACAUAGAGCAAGCCAGUGACACGCAAGUUAGUGCAGCAGAAGAUAUCGCGGAACUAGAAAGAAAUGCAGAUACUUGUAAACAGCAUUUAGAUCCCAAUUCUGCAGUUGCAAAAACAUCGCGUAGUAACCGUCGGAAAUUAGAAAGUAUAAUGCGGAAUGACUCACUUAGUUCUGAUCCCUCGGAUUGUGUUCGACCACCCCCUCCAAAACCUCAUAAACACAAACGUGGGAAAAAGCAACGGCAGCAUUCUGUAUCGAGUUCCGACGAGGAGAUUCGGUCCACGCCAGAAUGUUCCAGUUGCGAAGAGUUAGAUCUAGAAAGUGAGAGUGUUAGUGAGAAAGGAGGAGAAUAUUUAUAUGACCGUCCAGUAACGGACGAACGCUGGAAAAAAGAUGAAAUUUUAGAAGCAAAAAUCAAAAAGUUUUUGUCG